AACAGGUCAAUCCUGUGAGGUGGGUUCCAGGUGUAAAAGGGAAGGACUAUGAGGUGACAUUCUAGAAGGGAAGGAGAAGGUAGGACAGGAGGCAGAUGACUGUUCCCUCACAAAUAGGGGCUUUGGGGCAGCCAUGUCCUAUUUCAUGUCUCCACAGACUCAGCCAGGUCUUCCGUCUUCUGGCCAAGGUGGGGCCGCUUCUCCGGGCUCAUCUCUUGGCCUCUAUAGUCCUAUAGAGCCAGGGGUGGUGGCCUCUGGCGGACAAGGCCCACUGAGCCAGAAAGCUGAGCAGGUGACACCUGUUGCCCAGGCCUGGGGCCCGGCCCCUGGGGGCGCUGGCUGGGAGCCACCGAGGCAGGAGUACAACUGGUACUGCCACAAAUUCCCUGCCGCGAGGCAGCCGGAGAGCCUGGGCCGGGAGGAUGGCUACUCCAGAAGCAGAGCCCCCCAGCUGGGCGGCCCCAGCAGGCCCGUGCCCCUGCUGCUGUGUGGGCCGUCACCUGGGGCUCCGCCGAUGCCCGCUGAAGCAGGGGGGAAGGAGGCCAGCUCCCAGCCCAACAUCUGCAUCCUGACCUUGGCCAUGAUGAUCGCUGGCAUCCCCACCGUGCCCGUCCCGGGCCUGCGGGAGGAGGACCUGAUUCGGGCGGCUCAAGCUUUCAUGAUGGCCCAUCCGGAGCCGGAGGGGGCUGUGGAGAGGGCCCAGUGGGCGCAGGCGCAGGCCCACAAAGCCUCUGGGCCAAUGGCCUUAGCAAGAUCCCGGAGGGGCCAGCCUCCUGGCUCCUACUUGUAG